AUGAAACUGCGCUUGGACGACGGCUGUGAGCUGUUCUACACCAUCGACGACUUUACGGACCCGUGGACCGAGCCGGAGACCGUGGUGAUGCACCACGGCAUGGCCAAGAACCACAAGCUCUGGUUCGGCUGGGUGCCCAUCGUGGCGCGGCACUACCGUGUCAUCCGGUUCGACAUGCGCGGCAUGGGGCAAUCCGAUGUUCCCGAACCCGGCUACCCGUGGUCGGUGGACAACUUCGCCAGGGACCUCGCGGAAUUCACCGAGAAACUGGGGCUCGAAAAGUUCCACCUCAUCGGCGAAACCGUGGGCGGCAGCAUCUCCAUGCGCUACGCCACCAUGCACCAGGAACGGCUGCUGUCCCUGACCGCCUGCACUUCGCCCACCAGCUUCAACGACGCCCACCACGCGCAGUCGGCCGUCCAGAUUGAAAACGACGGCAUCGGCGCCUGGGUCGAGGGCAGCAUCGGUCGGCGCCUGGAUCCGCAGAUUGUCGAUCCGGCCUACACCCGCUGGUACGCCGAGCAAAUGAAGGCGACCACGCCCCACGUUGUCGCGGGUUUUCAGGCCCAGGCAUCGGGCGACCUGCGGCCGCUGCUGAAGGAUGUGCAGACGCCGGUGCUGAUCAUUGCCGCCGCCGCCUUGCGAGAGGAAGUCCUGGGUGAUUUCCGAGGCGCAGCCGACGUUUUCCCCAACGGGCGAGCCGUGGUAUUCCCCGGCGUUUCCGGUUUCGUACAGCACAUCCUGCCCGUGCCCUGCGCCCGGGUCUGGCUGGACUUCGCCCGCAACCUCGCAUAG